UUUGUCCUUUUUAAUUGCAUUUCUCUAUCGUGCCGCGUUAUCUCUCUCUGCAUUAUAUAUCUCAUCUUCUUAUGCUAAGAGAGUUCUUCCCAUUGCCCUUCUCAUCUUACUCCAUCUUCUAAUUACACACACUCGUCUGUUUGUGGUUUAUUCAUCACAGCAACCUUCUUUUGCUUAAUCUACUUUCCUUUACUUCUAAAAAGUGAAAAAUCGACUCAGAAGUCAGAAUACCAAAAGGACAAAAGAAAUUAUGUUUUGCCAUUUUCGUUGUUUUCUUGUGUCUCUUGAUUUUAUUUCUGACAAUUUCAAUUUUCUGUUGAUCGGUUUUACUUGGAAAGGGAAAAAAGGCAUACAAACCAAUUGUACACCGGCAUUUUGUAGGCAAAGGAAUCUGGAGAGCUAGGUAUAAGUUUUCUCCUAAAGAAGCAAAAGAAAAUGAAAAUAUUUUCAUACUGCUACGUUUUUCUUCAAGUGUAGUCUCGAUCACGAGCUAAGAUAGAAGAAGCAGACGAAUUGGUAAGCUGAAGGUGCCGUGGCGAUGGAGAUACUCACUGCGAUUAUUCCUAAAAUAAUUGACUACACAAUUAGACCAGUUGGACGCCAAGUGGGUUAUAUCAUUUUCUACAAAAGCAACCUUGAAGAUCUGAGGAGUACAUUGAAGAAUUUUGAUGCUGUCAAAGUCAGGAUGAAGCAUGCAGUUGAUGAAGCCGAAAGAAAAGUUAAUAAAAAAGUGGAAGCUGAUGUCCAGAACUGGCAUACAGAAGCGGAUGAGAUCACUCGAGAGGCAGAAGCAUUAUUGAAUGACGAAGGGCAUGCAAAGACAAAGUGUCUCAUUAUAUGUCCUAAUCUGAUAUCCUAUCAUCAGCGUAGCAGGAAGUCGACAAAACUGAUGAAAAAGAUUAAACUCCAUGAAAAUAAAAAAGACUUUUCCAGUGUUUCUUACAAUGCUCCCGUAGAAGACAUAUCUGCCAUAGCAUCCGAUGAGUACAUGGCCUUUGAAUCAAGGAUUUCAAUGGUGAAGGAUAUCAUUGCAGAACUGAAAAAACCUGAUAUCAACAGGAUUGGGGUGUACGGAUUAGGGGGUGUUGGGAAGACAACACUUGCCAAAGAGGUUUACAGAGAAGCUAUGAAAGAGAAGUUAUUUGAUGACGUUGUUAUAAUACUAAAUGUCAAAGAGAAAAAAGAUGAUGAACAAAUUCAAAAAGAAAUUGCUGAAAAGUUUGAUAUGGACGUUGAUGAAUCUCAGAAAAUGGGAACAAGGGCGAAUCUCCUACGGGCCAGGAUAAAAGACAGGAAGAGUACUCUUAUCAUUUUAGAUGAUAUUUUGGGAAUAAUUGACUUCGAGGCUGUGGGACUCGUCGGCGUGCCGACUUGUAAUUUAUUGUUGACCUCUAGAGAUCAAACAGUUCUUUCUGAGAUGCGCACGCAAACGUUUUUCCAACUUGGCCUUUUAAGUGAAGAAGAAACUUGGAGUUUGUUUGAGAAGAUGGCAGGUGACGUGGUUAAAGACGACCGUAUACGGAAAAUAGCAACCCAACUAGCACGAAGAUGUGGAGGUUUGCCGGUUUCAGUUGUUGCAGUUGCAAGGGCUUCAAGAGAAGAUGGUCGUUUAGAGGUAUGGAAAGAUGCCUUGAGGCGCUUCAAAAGUUUUGACAAGGAAGGACCAGCAGAAAUAGCAAAACUUGCUAUAGAGUGGAGUUACAAUCGGUUGAAGGGUGAUGAGCUUAGGCCAUUAUUCUUGCUAUGUGGAGUUAUUGCUGGGGGGAGCUGCAGUAUUUUUCUCAGUGACUUGUUCAAGUAUAGUAUGGGUUUGGGUUUGAUUAAAAAUUGUGAUACAGUGGAAGAUGCAAGGAAUUCAUUGCAUGCACUGGCUGCAAAACUAAAAAAUUCUUGCCUAUUGCUGGACAGUUACGAUGAUGGGACUGUUAGAAUGCACGAGCUUGUUCGAGAUGCUGCUAUCUGGAUUGCAUCUGAUGAGCAAAUGGCAUUUUCAAAAGCAUAUGGAGAUGAGGUGAAAGAAUGGCCCAUUGAGGAUUUAUUUAAAAAGUACACUACAAUCUCGUUAAAAUCUUGCAAAAUCCCCAGACUUCCUGAUGUAUCUUGGGAAUGCCCGGAAUUAAAAUUGUUGAUCUUGGAGAAUGAUAAUAUUGGCGACUCCCAGGAAAUCCCAAGCAAAUAUUUUGAAGGGAUGAAAGAACUCAAAGUGUUGGAUGUAACGAAAUUCUGUAUUCAGUCACUACCUCCAUCUCUUCAAUCCCUAAAGCAUCUCCACACAUUGUGUUUAGAUCAGUGCGAGUUGGUAGACAUAACUCUUGUUGGACAGCUAACAAACUUGAAAAUUCUUAGCCUGAUAGACUCCAAGGUUAAAGAGUUGCCCAAAGAAAUAGGGAAAUUGACUCGUUUACAAUUAUUGGAUUUGACCGGUUGCUCUGAACUUAUUCUGAUCUCACCUGAUGUUAUAUCAAGCUUGACAAGACUGGAAGACUUGAGGAUGGGAAUAAAAAGCUUCAAGCAGUGGGAGGGUAAAGGUUUGGUCGAUGGCAGACGAAGUAAUGCUAGCGUUUCAGAGCUGAAGCACUUGUCUCAACUAACUGCAUUAGACAUACAUGUUCCAGAUGCUAACAUUCUUCCAACCAACUUGUUCUCCGAUAAGUUAGAAAGAUACACAAUACUUAUCGGUGAUUGUUGGGAAUAUCCUGACAUCUAUGGAACCUCCUCUAACAUGCUAAAACUGAAGCUCACCAGGAGAAAUCAAUUCGACAGAGGUAUAAAGUUGCUGGUAAAGAGAUGUGAGCAGUUGUACUUGGAUGGGAUGGAGAGUGUGAAUAUUAUUUCCUAUCUAUUUGACAGUGAAGCUGUUAAACAAGUGAAGCAUCUCCAUGUCCAAAACAACGACGAAGUUACAUAUGUCAUUAACUCCAUCAGUUGGAGUUAUUCUCCUAAUGCCUUCCCCAACCUGGAAUCAUUAUCUCUUCACGACCUUGUUAGUUUGGAAAGUGUAUGUUAUGGGCAACUUAUAGGCGAGCCUUUCCAAAAGUUAAAAUCUUUGACACUGCGGAAUCUACCAAAACUUAUUGGUUUCUCUUCCAAAGGCAAGCAAUUAACGAUUGAUACAGAAACCAACGAAAUCGUUUUGGAGGAUGAAGUUGGUGGAGCCCCGAAACUGUUCAACAUUGGUGAGGUUUUGAUGCCCAACUUAACAACCUUGAUUGUGCAUCGAUGUGAUAGUUUAAGAUUCUUGUUUUCGAGUUCCAUGGCUAAAUGUCUUGGACAACUCAAACAUCUCACAAUAUCCAAAUGCCAAAUCAUGGAAGAGAUAGUAGGGAAAAAUGAGGAAAAUACAGAUGGCAUGUUUUGUAAGCUAAAACAUCUUUGGCUACAACAUCUUCCAAACCUCACUAAAUUCAGCUCAGGAAGUUACAUUGAAUUUCCGUCAUUGGAGUUGUUGGAUCUAGACGAUUGUCCUAAAUUGGAGAUAUUCAUCUUUGAUGCUAAGAGCGAAAAUAUUACAAUCAACAAAGACAGAAGAGAGAUUGACUCGAAGGAGAAUUUUGAACUCUUUGAUGAAAAGGGAGGAUUUCCUAGCUUGGACAAAUUGAUCAUCCAUGAUCUACCUCAGUUGGAGACAAUAUUCCACAACCAACUUCAUCCAGACUCUUUCCGCAGGCUUAGAAAAAUAGAUGUUUGUAGAUGCCACAGUCUGAUUAAUAUCUUUGGGCCAAGUAUCAUGGGAAGAUUGAAUGCUCUUGACACCUUAAAAAUAAAGCAGUGCCAGUCACUUCAAGUGGUAUAUGACACAUCAUCUACCACUCAGUUGAAUGGUUUUGAGUGCCCAAAUCUAAAUUCAGUUCACAUACACUCAUGUGACAGUUUGAAAAAUAUCUUUCCAACCUCAGUGGCCAAAGGUCUUAAGCAGCUGCUAUGGUUGACAAUUGAGAAUUGUGGUUUGAUGAAGGAAAUUGUUGCGAAGGAAGAAGGAUCAGAAAGGACGCAUGAGUUCGGGUUCCCUAAAGUAGAAACUCUGGUUUUUCAUAAUAUGCCCCAACUUCGGAAUUUCUAUCCAGGGCUGCAUGUUUCUCAUUGGCCAUCACUCAACAAAUUGGGCUUCGUUAAAUGUGCUAGUGUGGAGAUUUUUUCUUCUGAAUUUUCAACAUAUCACGACAAACUUGAGUUGGGCCACCCAACACCAAUGAAACAACCUUUCUUUUUAAUUGAGAAGGGUAAGUCAUUUCUCAACUUGGAAUUCUUGAGGUUGGAUAAGAAUACGGAGAUUUGGUAUGAACAUUAUGGUCCACUCCCGGCAGAGAUGUUGAGCAAACUUAAAUCACUUUAUUUUGCUACUUCACUUCCCAAGUCAUAUGUUAUCCUUGAGAAUUUACAGAAUCUUGAAAUGCUGCAUGUGAUCUCUGCUCCUUGGAAAGAAUUAUUUGUCCACGACCACCAAGGAAGUAGUAGCGGGGAAAUACAUGAGGUUGAGACCCUCCAACAUGUAAAGGAUUUGUGGCUUAUCGAUAUGUCUGAGCUGAUACAUCUAGGAAAGGCAGGGGGGCCUGUUUUUCCAAACUUGGAAGUUCUAUACCUGAACAAAUGUGGCAGAUUAGAGAAUCUAGCUUCAGCUUUAAUAUCCUUUCGGAAUCUAACCACUUUGGACAUAUGGGGUUGUCACAGACUGCAAUACUUAAUACCUUAUUCUGUGGCCAAGAAUUUGCAGCAACUCAAGAAGUUGAAAGUUAAGUCCUGUGAAGGAAUGGUAGAAAUAGUGGCAAACAACGGAGAUGAUUCAGAAAAUGAGAUUACUUUCAGUUGCUUGCAACAUCUUGAACUUUCUGGUCUACCAAGUCUGCAAGGAUUUUGCGCUGGAAAUUGCAUUGUCAAAGUCCCAUCCUUGCACACUUUGUUUGUCGAGCACUGCCAGCUGAUCGAGUUAGAGAUUUCUCCUGAUGGUUUACUAGUGAUCCAUGACCAAUAAAGACUAUAAAUAGCAGAUAUUGGGGAAAGAAGAAGAAGAAGAAGAAGAAGAACAUGAUGACGACGAUGAUACAUGAUUAAGAUGGCAGCGAUGAUGAAACACCUUGCUUCCGCAGCCGAUCUCAUCUUGUUUGAUACAAGCCUGCAAGCUGCGGCCUCAAUGGAAAAGCUAUCCCAGAAGCUUGUAUGAUUUGGGUAGGCAGUAUUCGAAGUCAUGUUAUGCUUGUGUUGGCUUGUUAGUGUUUUGCCGUAGAAGUGUGACUUGUAUUUGGAACUUUGUUCACUACAUUUUCUGUUUUGGUGUUUGGGAAAUAAUGCUUGUGUGAUUUCUGUAACUGUAAACCUUGAUGCAUUUUGAAGUGGUGCUUGUGUGCACUUGUCUACUGAAACUGCUUUGUGCUCGAGUGUGCUCCUUACUUGAGCUCUCUACUAAAAUUAAAUCAAUCAAAUCCGCAUCUUUUAAUUGGAUU